CUCUUGACAUUUGAAGUGUCUAUUGAAACAAGCGUUUACGUGUCACGUGACUUUGAAUCUGUAUAAUACCUCUUUUUUCACGUAUUGAUUUCUGAUUUCGUAAAAGCAGCCCCUAUGACGCCACUGUUCCCUCCCCCAGCCUCCCCACUUUAACUCUCCCCCUGUCAAAACAGACACAGCCCGUCAUCCCUGCCCCUCUCUCCGUCUGGUCUCUGUCGGAGAGAAAAACCAUUCCGGAGCCUCAAGGCUGGGAUUAUCGGCGUGAGAAGAUGCGGGCAGCGGCGCACACGCUGGCCGCAGUGCUGGCUCUGUUUGCCGCAGUGUCCGGGUCGCGGGCGGAGGUGAUCGAUGACAUCCUGAGCAGCCUGAACAGAGGAGCAUCCUUCCUGGAGCGACAACAUGAGCACAUCAACCUGGAUGGGGUGGUGGGGUUCCUCAUGCUGCAGGGUAGGUAAACACGUCCUGAACUGUAAACAGGCUGCAGAGGAGACAAGCAUGUGUCCUACCAGCUGCGAAGGCGAGGCUGGGCAAGUUUGUUUAUAUAGCAAAUUCCAGCGACAAAACAAUUUAAAGUUUUUUUCACAUUUUGACAUUUUGAAUCAAAAUGCACGCUAAAAGAAGACAUUUAAAAUCGUUUAAAGAAUGUAAUAUAAACAAGUCACGAAAAAGCGAAUGUAAUAUAUACUGGUGUAUUUUAUAUACCAUAAUAGCUUUGCAAAAGGAGGCUGUAAACAGGUGAGUCUUGUGGCUGAGAGUUGCAGCAGACCUGACAUUUUCUGUGAGUUGAUUUGACAUAUUUAUGGCAUAAAAACUUACUUGCUUUUUCAUGCUUUGUUCUGACUGGGGGUAGAAAGCAGGCCUGUACCAAACAGAGUGCCCUAGAUGGCACUAAUGGAAAAAGUACUAAUAUUUUGACCAAAGUAGUAUUUCAAACUUGAUUCUCAAACACACUGGGAAGCAGUGUGAAAACAUCAGAACUGGACUAGUUUCACUUUCUCAGUUUAAGGGAAAAUCUGAACCAACUGUAGUCAUCUGACUCAUGAGAGACCUUUAAAGACACCUUAAACCAACAAGUCAGCUGCAUGAGCCAGUUUUUCAAGGCCUGGAAAAACUGGGAUAGGCUGGGAUAUAAGUCCUUUAAUCCUUGAUGGUAGGCCAACUUUAUAAUUGUCUUAAUGUGGUUUGUAAAAUUCUAGACUAAGUACAUAGAGAUAUGUGGCUUUGCCAGCAUUUGCCAGCAACAACAAACUCAGUGUUACCUUAAGCUGACUGGAGGAAAGCAACACCCACCAGCUAAUAAUUUUUAUCCGUACAUUUACUCAAAGCUUGUAUGGGGCCAUGGUGACAUUGACAUGUACAGUAUAACUAUGUGUCAUCUGCUUAGUCAUGGUAACUUGAUUUCUUAUUUCCUAUAACCUGAGCAAAAGGGAGCAUAAAGAUGUUAAAUAGAAGAGGACCAAGGAUGGAGCCCUGUGGAACUCCACAUGUAAUUUUUGUAAGCUCUGAUGUGAAGUUGCCAAUGGACACAAAGUAGUCGCUGUUCUUUAACUGGAAUUGAAACCAGCUGAGUAAUUUGCUGGACAGUGUCACACAGUUUUUUAACCAGUAAAAGCGGUACAAACAUCAGAGAAUAGUGAGCUUAACCAGUCUUGGUACUAGAUUGAGGUUGGAAAUUUGACUGGGAAAACACUAAGAAAAACGUUAAAAGUCAGAGGCUCAUUUUUUUGUAAAACACGUUUUUUAAACCAAGUAUUUACUAACAAGAUGUUCGAUUUCUUAACGGGCACAGUGCUCCUGUAAUGGAAGAUUUUGAGGGAAAUUAUGAGUUUUAAGUCUAUAAAGUUAUUGACGAACAAAAAACUUUUUCUGUGUCGUUACAUUUUUGUGUUGGACCAACAUGUUUACUAUUUUUAUACAGUUGUAUUCUUCCUUUGGUUAAUGCCAGGAGAAACAUUACCUUCAAUGUUUUUAUUAUCAAGUGAAAAUUUUGUUGAAUUUUGUACAUUUUCCAAAAACAAAACUACUUCUAGACUUUGCCAGGAGUUAGAAGAAGUUUCUCAUUCCAGUUUUGAACCUCAUAGUCAGAAAAAUGUUGCUCACUUGGGCUCAUGAAAGUUUGAAUGUACUGGUGUUGUUGUUGCUUAAUCUCCCACACAGACAAACAUUGUGCACAGACUGUGUCUUAUUCCUCACUCUGACCAGAAAAUGUCUGUGUUUCUGUCUCAGCUGAACUGAAGGAAGCUGUUCGGACAUGGCCUCACACCGACCCUGUCAGCUGGGCUCAGAGAACCACUGCUGUCGCUCUGGUCAAAAGACUGGAUCAAAGCUUUGAGAAGGCAGUCGCCGCCCUGCAGCAGAACGACCCGAAAUACUACAGAGGUGAGAAAAGACUGCUUGAUCACUCAGUGUGGUAUUUAUCUAAAACACAGUACAAAUACUGGAUCCAUAAAAAUCUUGAUUAUUCUCCUGUCUCAACCUUGGAUGCUUUUACAUAGUUUCAGUUUCAUGUUGCUCUUACAUAUUUGCACUUAUUGCAAAAAAUACAAGUGAGGUUGGGGUGAAAAUCUCUUCCGUUUACGUUCAUCUACCUUUAAAACUUUUGGAAAUUCUCAGGAGUUUUAUACAUGUGUAAAUACACUGUAAUAAAUUUGUAUUAUUUCUUUUCAUCUCCUUUUUUUCUGUGUGCUGUGCAGAGUUUGAGCCCCUGCUGUCAUGGACUUUCUGGUUGAUUCCUCAGGGGUGGAGCUCCACAGACCCCAGUCUGGUCUACUCCUCCACCCUGACCACUGAGUGCUACGACGAGCAGCUCAGCGACAAAUGUCUGACCCUGCUGCUGGGAACCUGGUUUGAAAAUACACCUACAGAGAUGAAAACACACACUGACACAUAAAACAAACCAGGCUGAGGAUCACCACUAGUUAAAACAGACAAUCCUUGACAGAAACUGUGCUCUCUCACAAACCUUAAGAAAACAUUUUAGUCACUCAUGUUGACCUGAACUACAUAGACAGCUGAUGGUAAAAUAACUAAUCCACUAUUUCAACCUAUUUUGGUCUCCGAGCAUUAACUUUGAUUGAAUUACUUAAGUCCUCUUACCAUUCAGCUGCCAAAAUGUGGAUAAGAGGAGCCCUGAGAAAACUUUAGCUUCAACUUUUGUGCCCUCAGAGUCGCCUGCCAGGGUGACCUGCCCUCUGAUUGGAGGAGAGUGUUGGAGUCAUCUGCAGCCAGACAGGAUUUUACAGCUGCUUGUCUGGUCUAAAAAUGGAGGACUUAUAGUUCUUAGAUUAAAAAGAAAAAGAAUAUUUUAGAGAAAUUUUUAAAUUUAGGUCAACAUCUUUUUUAAAAAUCACUGAGGGCUAAGUCUUUUAUCCCAAAGUAAUAAACAACAAUCCAAAAAAGCUUCAUUUAGAGUAAAAAUACAUAACAGUUGUUGGUUUUGAAUUCUCUGAAAUUAGGUUUUGCUGCCACCCUUUCUCCUUUGUAAUCACAUUGUAAAUAAUCAUGUCAGAUUUCAACUUGACAGAGGGACAGUGUCAGAGGGAACUUACCUUUGUAAGAAGUGUGUUAUUGUACACAGGAAGAUGAACGGGACGCCCUGCAUCGUCACCAAACCUUGUCGGGACACCAUGACACGAUUUGGUUGCCCACAUUACUCUCUGUCCCAUCAGCUGCUCUACUUCAUGAUUGGAAAAAUGGUGAGACGUGCUACUAUACACAAAAGGAAAUGUUUAUUUGAGCAUUAAAGGUAAUAAUAGAGAGUGAAAAAAUUUAAUAAACAGUGAACAUCCAAUGACAAUCGUUCACUUCCACAUGUGAAUCAUCUCUUUAUACAGCUCUUUAUGUUUUGACAGACCUUGACAUUCACAUUCUCCAUGUUUGUGCCCUGAAGUACAGAAACACAGAGAAGUUUUCCUCAUUGUGUGCACUCACAGUUUUUAAAUUAAAAAUUCCUUGCUCAGAGAGGCUGCACCAACUUGCUGAAAGGCGACACUCGAGCAUCUCGAGUCAACAUGACAGAGCGAAGCUACGAGAGAAUCUUCUGCUCCAACAUGAUGAAGACCAACCAGGACAUCAUCAAAGACGGGCUGACUGAACAGACGGUCGACAUCUUCAUUGAAAACAGUCAGUGUCUGCUCACUUUUUUAGACCUUAAUUUUUCCCUCUCUUUUUCCUUCAUGUGUUUUCUAUCAAAUUUACUUCUACAAACUACUUAGAUUUUACAUUGAUUUAGUGAAUCUCUUACUUCUUAUUAGUCAUUAAAUAAUUAAUUUAUAACAAUAAAUGACAUUUCUAUUAAGUCCAGCUCACUCUAUGUGGACAACAACUAAUGAAACACCAUGUGACAAAUUAUGUCGAAACAAAUUUGAAGUGUAUAAAACAAUGUGUAAUAAUUUGAGGUUUUUUUUUGACACUUUGUGGCCUCUACAGUUUCUCUUAAGUGAGGGGAUUUUUGAGAGACACACAUUGCAGAAAACUUAAUUCAUGAUUGUCUGACCUAAGUCUCUCUGUUUCUUAUAAACAGUCCUCAUAUGUGGAUUGGCCGGUUUCUCAGACUUCUACAAAGCUGAUUGGCUGCAGCACAUCCUCAGGCUGCAGGAUGAGGAAGUGGGCUGCUUUGGGAGGGACAGUGAGUUGUUGAACACCGUUAUAAACAGAAUUACAACCUGUUAUAGAAAACAGUUAAAACACUCUAGAGUAAUCUUUCUUUUCCUAUUUGUUUUGUCAUUAAAUCUUGAGUGUUUGUUCAAAUCAAAGUUCAAAUCUUACUCUAACACGGAUCUAAAAACAUAUUCUUUAUAUGACACUAAUGGCAGAAAUGUGACUGUACUUUAACAGAAGGUGACUUUUAUACUGUCAGCAGAAAUCAUUUGUAAAAUUUGCUGCACAGAUGAAUCUACGGUCUGUUUCCCCCUCUUCUUUCGUUUUCAGAGAGCAUCAUCUCUCAGAUCAUCGGAGAUGAGCUGCUGGAACAGCUGCAGCCUCACAGGAGAGUGAAGAGGAGGGAGAAAAUACUGCCAGGUCAGAUUAUGAUGGACAGACUUCAUGAGUAUGCUAACAUCAAACAGACUCUCUCUGUCUAGGUCACUUCCUUCUUAGACGUGCUUGUAAAACUGAUCCUUCGAAGGGUGGUAAUAGUUUUUACCUUAAAAUUAUAUAUCUAGACAACUAAUUUAAUAUCAGCUGCAUGCUACAACUAGUUUACCAUAAGCUUAGCCUCAAACUACCAGUCUGCUAGCAAAUCAAAGAUAAUAAAGUACAAAAGUCAAUGCUCCCCUCAUGUCAGAUUAAUAAAGUUUACUCAAGGUUAUCAUUAAGUCUUUGGUGGGACUUUGGAAGUAUGUCAGAGUCUAAACAUAGAAUUACUUGUUGCCUACCCCAAUGUUUUUCCUCACUAUCUGUCCCUUCACAUCUACACUCGUUUUAUGACAGUUAUUUUAACAUUCUGCUGUGUCUUUGACAGCUUAGCUCAAAGGAAACAGGCACUUCUAAGUUUUUUUUAUCUUUCCCUGUGUGUCUGCUCUCUUUUGACAGACGGCUGCUCCAGUCACAUGACUGCGGUGGCUGUGGGGGCUCUAGGAGGAUACCUGAACUACUACCUGACAGAACAGGACAUAACAAAGAGACCGCUCUCCUGAACACGACCUUCCCUGCCUCUAAUUCCUCACCCUCCUUACCCUCCUCCCACAUGUCCUCCCUUGAUAAAAACUCUGUAGAUCAUCAGGUAGAGAUGGAGACUCAUAUUUCUUCAUGAAUUAAGUCAUAAAAUGAUAGAAAAUGCUUCAUUAAACUCUGGGAUGUGGCUGUUAACUCUUCCAACCAAUGUUUUUGUAUAUUAUUUUCCAAGAUUAUUACAGGGAAGAUGUUCUCAUUGACGAUCCAAAAAUAAUUGUCUUUAUUUUCUUUAAAUAACUACUUUUCACAGACAUUUUUUAACUAAAAACAAAGCCACAGAAAGUGACAACAGACAGAAUAUACAUAAACUUUGAAUGCUUGUGAAUAAACUUGCAUACAAAAUGUUAUCAUGUAUUUCAUGUUACAGAAUAAACAACUAAUGUUAAAGGUG